UGUGUAUGUGUAUGUGUAUGUGUGUGUGUGCUUCUGUGGGUGCAGCACUGUAUUCUGAAAGUACAAACUAGUCCUGCUAGUGGGGUGAUUGAGCAGAUGGAUGUGGUGUAGUGUAGUUUAGUGGAGUGAGUGAGUGUGUGUGGAGGAGAGAUGUGUAAAAAAAAAUAAUGAUAAUAAACUGUCGGCAAAGGACAACAAAAAGGGGAGCAGUUGGACAGGAAAAAGGGAAGUAGAACAAACAGCAAUGAGACCGUUGCUGCCUUUUGUUAUGUGGUUAUCCUGGGCUUGCUUUGCUAAUGUUAUUGUUGCGGUAGUUGGUGGGUUGCGUCCCCCCUUAUUUAGAUUUUUUUAUCCCUCAAGUCAACGAACUUGGAAGCGGCGAAAAUCCCGAGAGAAAUAGGUGCAGGUCUGCACACUUGAGACACAAUAAUCGAAGCGCGCAAAGGAAAGCUGUGCCCUCGAAUUUCUGUCUUUGUGGGCAGUGAUGUUCCUCACUCUAUCCGCACAGACGGCAAACAAAGAGGACGGGUGGGAGGAUGUUGGCUGGCAAACUAGUUAGAUUUUAGAGUGGAGACCACCAAGAUGUGGGCUGAGUAGCGCCGGACAGCUGUGAUGUAAUAUCGGAGAAGUAAACAAAGUGCAGCUAAGCGACAGUAAACGAAAAAAUAGUAAAUUGUAAAUUAAUCGAGCUGCUUGGGAAAAAAAGCAAGGGGCAAGGAGUUUGAAAGCUCCAUACACUGUUUUUAAGGAAUGCCAUGAGAGAUA